UCGCGCUGCUGCUGCUGCGGCCACCGAGGCCCGCCCUGGCCCCGCCCUGCUCCCCACUGCUUCUUGUGGCCUUGGGCGAGCAUGAAUGGAAGAGGGUCGGGGCUGCCUGUCCUGUCCUCAGCGGUCUCUAAUGCCCUCCCUCCCACUCCACUGAGGUCAGUUAAUUAUAACUCUGACCUAAGUGCCCUGGGACGCCACACCCGGGCCAGUGCCGCCCAGCAGACUCGGCAACCAGGUCCAUGCCGCAGCCAUGCUCCCUGGAGGCGCCCUGUCCCACCUGGGCCCCUCAAUACUGCUUCUGCUUCAGCUGCCGCCAACAUCUGCCUUCUUCCCCAACGUUUGGAGCCUCCUGGCCGCCCCGGGCUCUGUCACUCACCAAGACCUCACUGAGGAGGCUGCGCUCAAUGUCACCCUCCAGCUCUUUCUGGACCGGCCACCCCCAGGCCGGCCACGCCUGCGUCUGGAGGACUACAGGGGCCGGACCCUCCUUGCCGAUGACAUCUUUGCUGCCUACUUUGGACCUGGGUCACCUUCCCGGCGGUUCAGAGCGGCUUUAGGAGAGGUGUCUCGAGCCAAUGCAGCCCAAGACUUCCUGCCGGCUUCCAGGAACAACCCUGACCUGCACUUUGAUGCCGAGAGGCUGGUCCAGGGGCGCACACUCCUGGUGGGGGCUCUGCGGGAGACCCUGGUGGCCGCCAGAGCCUUUGAGUACACGCUGGCCCGACAGCGCCUAGGCGCCGCGCUUCAUGCCCUGCAGGACUUCUACAGCCACAGCAACUGGGUGGAGCUGGGGGAGCGGCAGCCGCACCCUCACCUCCUCUGGCCAAGGCCGGAGCUCUGGAGCCUGGCACAAGAGGGUGAUCCCACCUGCUCUGACUGUGAGGAGCUGAGCUGCCCUGGGAAUAUGCCUGACGUCACGCUGCUCACCUCUGGCUACUUUGGAGUUCAUCCCCCCAAACCUCGAGGGAAAUGUAGCCACGGGGGCCAUUUUGACCAGAGUAGCUCCCAGCCCCCUCGGGGAGGCAUUAACAAGGACAGCACAUCUCCAAGCUUCUCCCCACACCACAAGCUGCACCUCCAGGCUGUAGAAGUGGCCCUCCUCGCCUCCAUCGAGGCCUUCAGCCUCCUGCGAAGCCGCCUGGGAGACAGGGGUUUCUCCAGGCUGCUGGACAUCACGCCAGCCUCCACGCUGAGCUUUGUCCUGGAUACCACAGGCAGUAUGGGCGAGGAGAUCAAUGCAGCUAAGAUCCAGGCUCGCCGCAUCGCGGAGCAGCGGCAGGGCAGUCCCAUGGAGCCCGGUUUCUACGUCCUGGUGCCUUUCCAUGACCCAGGGUUUGGCCCUGUCUUUACAACCAGUGACCCUGACCGCUUCUGGCAGAGACUCAACGAGAUCCAGGCCUUGGGGGGUGGAGACGAGCCUGAGAUGAGCCUGUCUGCCCUGGAGCUGGCCCUGCUGCACACGCCGCCCCUCUCAGACAUCUUUGUCUUCACCGAUGCCUCCCCCAAGGACGCCUUUCUCACCAGCCGGGUAGAAUCCCUGACUCGGGAACGGCGCUGCAGGGUGACAUUCCUAGUGACUGAAGACCCAGCGAGGGUUCAGGGGCGAGUGCGGCGAGAGGUCUUGUCUCCUUUGCGUUUUGAGCCGUAUGAAGCAAUUGCCUUGGCUUCGGGAGGAGAGGUGAUCUUCACCAAAGACCAGCACAUUCGGGAUGUGGCAGCCAUUGUUGGGGAGAGCAUGGCUGGUCUGGUGACUCUUCCCCUGGAGCCUCCUGCCUUCGUCCCUGGGGAGACGUGUGUGUUCACCGUGGACAGGCUGCUCCGGCGGGUCACGGUGCGGAUGCACGGGGACAUCAGUAGCUUCUGGAUCAGGAGCCCUGCAGGGGUGUCCCAGGGCCCAGAGGAAGGCACAGGCCCUCUGGGUCACACCCGUCGCUUCGGACAGUUCUGGACAGUGACCAUGGCUGACCCCCCUCCGACAGGGUCUUGGGAGAUGCGGAUAGCAGCUGAGGGGAGUCCCCGCCUGAGAGUGCAAGCCCAGACUCCCCUGGACUUCCUCGUUCACUUCGGGGUCCCUGUGGAGGACGGACCCCACCCAGGCCUCUACCCCCUCACUCAGCCAGUCGCAGGUCUGCGGACCCAGCUGCUGGUAGAGGUGACAGGGCUGGCCUCUAGUCGGGACCCCGAGCAUGGCCAGCCGCAUUUUUCCCAUGUUGUCCUUCGGGGGGCGCCCUCUGGGGCCCCCCGUCUGGGCCGGGUGCCCUUGGAGCCUGUGGGACCCCCCGAGCGAGGCCUCCUUGCUGCCACCCUGCCGCCCAUACUGCUGUCUACUGCUGGGUCCUUCUUCCUGGAGCUGGCUGGCCGGGAUGGAGGGGGCCGGGGCCUGCGCAGGACCGCCCCCCAGCCUUGCACGGUGGCUCCUGUGCUUCUGGAGCUCGGUGGCCCACCAGCCUCCCUGACCCCGGGCAGCAAGGCCCCUCUGAGCCUGCGCGUGGCCAGCUUCUCCGGCCCCCAGGAUCUCGACCUUAGGACAUCAGUCAACCCCAGCUUCUCCCUCACCUCCAACCUGUCCAGGGCUCAGCUGGGACUGAACGAGUCUGCCUGGGGGCGUCUGUGGCUGGAGGUCCCGGAUUCAGCGGCUCCUGGCAGUGUGGUGACGGUGACUGUGACUGCGGUGGGACAAGGAGCCGGCCCGGCGCCCCCGACCCAUGCCUUCCUCCGGCUGCUGGUGCUGGCCCCGGCCUCGCAGGAUCAGCUGGAGAGUCCCGCCCGCCCCGCUGGCCGCGUGCUCCCUCCAGUCGCCUCCACCGUGCCGGCUUCCGCUCCGGUGACUCGGGGCAGAGCUGGGGGAGGGGCGGCCAGUCCAUCGUGGUGGGGGACAAUCGCAGGGGUGCUGUUCCUGCUGGGUUGCUCUUCCUGGUAACAGACAGCGCUGCGGGGACAGGCCUCUUCAGUACCAUUCUAGUCUGCCCCAUAGGCGGGGUGGUCGCAUGGCUUCAGGGCCCCACCCUCUGACUGGGUUGGGGUUUUCCUCUGUCACACUUGACCCUCCUCUUUCUUCCUUUUCCGAGACGGGGUUUCACUGUGACAGCCUGGCUGUCCUGGAGCUCAGAACCCUGCCUGCCUCUGCCUCGAGAGUGAAGGUUUGCACCACCACCGCCCAGGAGUAGACGGCAUGGUGGUCCAUACCUGUAGCCCCUGGAAACGGAGCGGAUGUCAGAGGGCUGCCUAGCUCAGAAACAACGUCAGCCUAACAAAUCUAGAGACCUGGAGGGUGGUGAUGGGUUUCCCACGAGGUGCUUUCCCAACCCAAACAGGAACCAAACAAAAGGCUUUUUUUUUUAA